AUGGCAUUAGAGCCUGCCACCAAGCUACCAGAGCCGGACACGACAAGCCACCUGGCAGGAUGGAGACUUUACAUCGUGAUAGCCUGCCUCUUCUUCGGAUCGUUUCUGAUCGCACUUGAUACGAAUAUUAUCAACGUCGCCUUGCCCAAGAUAUCGUCCGACUUCGAGGCUCUUCAGGAUGUCGCCUGGUAUGGAACGGCUUAUUUACUUACCAUUACGGCUUUUCAACCCAUUUAUGGCUCUUUGUAUACCUACUUUCGCACGGAUAUCAUCUACAGAACGUCCAUAUUCGUCUUCGAAGUCGGCUCUAUACUUUGCGCCGCGGCGGCGAGCUCGAACAUGUUCAUUGCUGGGCGAGCCAUCGCUGGCUUUGGAGCCGCUGGUGUCCUCCAGGGUGCUUUGAGCAUCAUAAGCCAAGUCGUACCUCUCGAGAAACGACCGCUAUACAUGGGCAUCGUGAUCAGUGUCUUCGUCAUUGCAGUCACAGUUGGGCCAGUGCUGGGUGGAGUCUUCACCCAAAACAGUCUCUCGAUCUUCUUGAAGAUCAAGGGCAAGGAAAGCGACGACCGAGCACUUCCAUUGAUGAGGAAGCUUCACAGUAUGGACCCGCUAGGUAGUAUUGUCUUCAUUGGUGCGACUUGCUGCUUGAUGCUCUCGCUGCACUGGGGCGGCCAGUCGAAGUCAUGGGCCUCAGCGGACGUCAUUGGCUGCCUCGUUGGUGCAGGGCUGAUUGGGGCCCUCUUCAUUUAUCUGCAAUGGAGGAGAGGCGACUCUGCCCUAAUACCUCUACGUAUCUUCAAGAAACGGUCAAUAUGGACCAGCUCAAUGGUGCUGUUCUGCCUGGGAGCAGGAACAUACGUCAACGUGUUUUUCCUCCCUUUCUGGUUCCAAGGUGUCAAAAGUAUCAGUCCAGUGUCGACAGGUGUCGAUUUCAUACCACUGCUUCUUCCUCAGCUUAUUUCCCUCAUCAUCGUUGGCGCUAUUGUCAAGCGCUUCGGCUACUACGUGCCUUAUAUGGUCGUGGGCGAGUUGAUCUCAAAUCUCCCUGCACUUGUUACCUCAGCUGAGGAUCUGGCCAUUCUGCAAGACAUCUGGAACACUGCUGUUGCAAGAACGAUGAUAUUGGGCACAGCUGUAGUGGGUGUAGCGAUACCAUUCACGCUGGGCAUGGAAUGGCUCAAUGCCCUCAAAGUUUCUCAGGAGAGGAAGGAGGCGAGCGGGGUCGACAAUAUGGAAGGCUCAACUGCUAACGCUGGCGUUGCUCUUGAAGACAUGGGAGUCAAGUUGGAUGGAAAGUAG